CCGGUUCCGGACCGACCCCGGUUCCGGGCCGGACAACUUCCGGUUCAGGGCCCGACAACUUCCGGUUCCGGGGCGAGGCGGCCGCAAUGGCGGUGCUGGCUUCCAAUCCCAACAACCCCGUCGUCUUCUUCGAUGUCAGCAUCGGCGGGCAGGAGGUCGGGCGUAUGAAGAUCGAGCUCUUUGCUGAUGUUGUCCCCAAAACAGCGGAGAACUUCAGGCAGUUUUGUACAGGUGAAUUCAGGAAAGAUGGUGUCCCUAUAGGUUAUAAAGGAAGCACUUUCCACAGGGUAAUAAAGGAUUUCAUGAUCCAGGGAGGUGACUUUGUAAACGGAGACGGCACUGGAGUAGCCAGUAUAUAUAGGGGUCCUUUUGCAGAUGAAAACUUCAAGCUGAAACACUCUGCUCCAGGGCUGCUUUCUAUGGCAAACAGUGGUCCAAGCACCAACGGCUGUCAGUUCUUCAUUACGUGCUCCAAAUGCGACUGGUUGGAUGGAAAACACGUUGUGUUCGGUAAAAUUGUUGAUGGGCUGUUGGUCAUGAGAAAAAUCGAAAACGUGCCUACGGGUCCCAAUAACAAACCCAAGCUGCCGGUUGUGAUCUCUCAGUGUGGGGAAAUGUAAAGCAACGGAGCAGAAAUGUGAACAUCAGGCGAGGAAAGAAUCACAAACCAUGCCAUCCCUUUCCAGCCCCAAAAAGACUUUGCAGAGGGCAGGCACUCUCCUAUGGGAUGGGGCUUGAAGAUUCCCAAUAGGAAGGAGAAAACUGGAGCCGGGUGACAGCUGUGAGGUGGAGGUAACCAAAACCAGAGGAAUUUGGCUGCUGGUCCUGCUCCAGGAACGUGUCCGGAUGGCACUUCCCUGUGGGAUUUAGGCAGGAGCUCAGCCCCUCAGUGCUGAGCUUUGCAGUUUGAAUUUGGUACCCAAAUCCACGGUACUUUUUUCACCAGGAAAAAACAGCUUCUUUCUGGGUCUGGCCUCAGCAGCACUUUCUCAGCCUGAUGUAUUUAUGCCACUGUGAUCAGCUGGUCUCACUUCCCACAUAGCAAGGGUCACAGAGCUUCCCCAAAUUAAUUAACAGCGGCAAAUCCAUUACAGCCUCUUUGAAAGUUGUUCCAGCGGGUAAUUAUAUCCCAUUAUGUUUCUCUUUGAUGCUGAAUGUGCAGAGCUUUGGCUUUCCAGCGUCUGUAUCUUGCCGUCCCUCAUCUGCUGGCUGAAAGUGUUCUCAGACCACAUUUGUAGGUCUAAUCCCGCCACGAUGAAGUUCCCCCACCAGUUAUGUAGCAAGUUCUGGAAUCUCCUGCUGUAGAGCAGCUGGUGGAUCUUCUCCCUCUGAGCUCCAGCAUCUCCCUCCAGCUGUGGAUGCUGCAACUGGAAAUGAUGUUUCUGGUUGCCUCUGUGGAUCUGGGGAGCGGAUUGGCCUCUGGGACCCCCAGAAGAUGUCGUUAACUGUCGGGUGACCCAUGUUUUUUUCUGCUGGUGCAUGGCUCUGACAUCCUCACCAGCUUCAUCGCUGAGGUUU